GGUAGAGGUAUAUAAAGAAGAAAGAGACAGAGACAUGGAUAAACUCCUUGCCUUGGUCUUUCAUUUGUGCCUGGCUCAGGAUCAAAAUGAAGACUGUUAUUCUGGCUGUUGUUCUUGUGGAGCUUCUGGUGAACUCGGCCUUGGCAAGCAAUGCAAUCCAGCUCAUAAACAAGGGGAAUGAUGGAGGAACUGUCUACCAGACAGUGAACAUCAACCAUAAUGUGAAUGUUGCUGCCUUUAACACUUACUUCGGAACACAUUCAACCAAUGCGGUCGUUGACUACAAUGCUGGGCUGAUUGUUUAUCAGAUGCCUUACAAGAGGAUUUGUGUUGUGUCCCGGAUGAAUAGAAGCAGCUUUCCGAGUAUAUCACAGCUUGAAAACAUGAUCCAUGAGGAGAAUCCAUCACUGCACGCCCUCCAUACAAACUAUGGUGUGUCUAACAAGGUUGUCAGAAAUCUUUAUCAGCUUGGAAAGCCCAUCCAAGCAAUGUGUGGAGGUCUUACCACCUACUGGGCUACUGAAUACCCAAGACCGGAUUCAUUAGUCGGAGGCAGAGGCUGUGCAGGAUUGCACCUUCUUAUCCUAGAUGUGAAGUUGUGCGGAGGCAUUACCUUCUUCUAACCUGGAAUGGGCAUCUGUCUGUCUUCCAGCUUAUAACUGUAUUUGGCUUCACCUAUUCCAAACCUACACACUUUGUGACCCACCUGUGCAAAUGUAGACCUCCAGCAUUGUUUUGUGGCCUGACAGGUACAGGGCAACUCCAUUUGUGCAAUCCCAAACAGGCAGCAAAAAGAGGAAGUUGAUCAAACACCCAGUGAGCUGCCGUACCAACCAAGUGGACUAUAUUUGGCUGGAUGGGUCACAAUCUGUGCAGGUCUGAACUAUUCCGGUAAUGAUUGCUAGAGUUGUCACUUCCAGCUUGGGGAAUUCCUGGAGAUUUGGGGAUGAAACCUGGGUGGAGUUGGGGUGGGGAGGGACACCAGUGGACUAUAGUAACAUACAGCCCACUCUCCAAAACUGCCAUUUCCCACAGGGGAACUGAUCUCUGUUAUAAUUCUGGUAGUAAAAAAUUAAGGGCCCAGUCAAUAGAAAAAUGCAUAUAGGAGUGGGCUGUCAUAAAUGUAAAAAUAAAAAGAGGAUUUUUAAAUUUUAAAAAAGAGUGCAACUGGUAAUGUUUCUUAUUUUAUCAAUAAUGAAGAAUUAAAGCUGUUGAUUUAAA